UCCCGCGGCGGUGGCGGUCGGGGCGGGCGCAGCGUGUGGGCCGCGCGCCGCCGCCAUGGGCUUCGGGGACCUGAAGUCCGCCGCGGGCCUCCGCGUCCUCAAUGACUUCCUGGCUGAUAAGAGCUACAUCGAGGGGUACGUCCCUUCGCAGGCUGACAUAGCAGUCUUCGAAGCGAUCGCUGCUCCUCCGCCUGCAGAAUUGUUCCAUGCUCUCCGGUGGUACAAUCACAUUAAGUCGUAUGAAAAGCAAAAGGCAAGCUUGCCAGGAGUAAAGAAGGCUUUGGGAAAAUAUGGUCCUGCUGAUGUUGAGGACACAACAGGUGCAGCCACAGACAGCAAAGAUGAUGAUGACAUUGACCUUUUUGGAUCUGAUGAUGAGGAGGAAAGUGAAGAAGCAAAGAAACUGAGGGAAGAGCGUCUGGCCCAGUACGAAUCAAAGAAGUCCAAAAAACCAGCUGUUGUUGCCAAGUCAUCAAUCUUGCUUGAUGUGAAGCCUUGGGAUGAUGAGACAGACAUGGCCAAAUUAGAGGAGUGUGUUCGAAGCAUUCAAGCAGAUGGCUUGGUCUGGGGGUCUUCCAAGCUGGUACCUGUUGGCUAUGGUAUCAAAAAGCUUCAGAUUCAGUGUGUUGUUGAAGAUGAUAAAGUUGGAACAGAUAUGCUGGAAGAGAGAAUAACAGCUUUUGAAGAUUAUGUACAAUCAAUGGAUGUAGCUGCUUUCAAUAAGAUUUAAGUCUUGAUAUACCUAGAAUAAAUGUUGUUGCAAAAAAUGUGCAGUGUCUGUUCUUGUUUCAGAAUCUUAGAGUAAUCCAGCUCACAAAUGUAAGGUUUUCUUAAUGGGUAAAGUAGAAGCUGAAACUGAAUUUCAGGAUUGUUCUGACACCUCACUGUAGUACCCAGGAGCAUGAG